AUGCGAAGCAUAAGGACCCUUCUAGAUUACCUUAAAGGUUUUCUACUGUCGCUCCGACACUCUCCUCUGAUCUCCGGCAUUUCUUCAGUCGACGAUCCGACAAAAAAAAAAAUGAACGCUUUAGCAGCAACAAAUCGUAACUUCAAGCUCGCAGCUCGUCUGUUGGGUUUAGACUCCAAACUCGAAAAGAGUCUCCUCAUUCCAUUUAGGGAAAUCAAGGUCGAGUGUACAAUACCAAAAGACGAUGGUAGUUUGGUGUCUUACGUCGGAUUCAGGGUUCAACAUGACAAUGCUCGUGGGCCAAUGAAAGGGGGAAUCAGAUACCACCCAGAGGUUGAUCCAGAUGAGGUUAACGCUUUAGCGCAACUGAUGACGUGGAAGACGGCGGUGGCGAAUAUUCCGUAUGGUGGUGCGAAAGGUGGAAUCGGAUGUAAUCCGGCGGAAUUGAGUAUUUCCGAAUUGGAAAGAUUAACUAGAGUUUUUACUCAAAAGAUUCAUGAUUUGAUUGGAAUCCACACCGAUGUUCCUGCUCCUGAUAUGGGAACUAAUCCCCAGACAAUGGCUUGGAUUUUAGAUGAAUACUCCAAAUUCCAUGGAUACUCCCCUGCUGUUGUUACUGGAAAACCUAUUGAUCUUGGUGGAUCAUUGGGUAGAGAUGCUGCAACUGGAAGAGGAGUACUUUUUGCAACAGAAGCCCUUCUUAAUGACCACGGAAUGAGUGUUUCCGGUCAACGGUUUGUCAUACAGGGAUUCGGAAACGUUGGUUCGUGGGCUGCUCAACUGAUUCACGAAGCGGGUGGAAAAGUUGUAGCAGUGAGUGAUAUAAGUGGAGCAAUACAUAACAAGAAUGGAAUUGACAUUCCAACCCUAAUGAAACAUGUCAAGGAACACAAAGGAGUAAAAGGCUUUGGUGGUGCAAAUGCAAUAGAUUCCAAUUCCAUUCUUGUUGAAGAUUGUGAUAUUCUCAUUCCAGCUGCCCUUGGUGGUGUAAUCAACAGGGAAAAUGCGAAUGAGAUUAAGGCGAAAUUCAUAAUUGAAGCAGCUAAUCAUCCUACUGAUCCUGAAGCCGAUGAGAUUUUAACAAAGAAAGGCGUUGUUAUCCUCCCUGAUAUAUUUGCAAAUUCAGGAGGUGUAACUGUUAGUUAUUUUGAAUGGGUUCAGAAUAUUCAAGGGUUUAUGUGGGAUGAAGCGAAAGUGAACACAGAGUUAAAGAAAUAUAUUGUGCAAGGUUUUAAAGAUGUGAAGGAGAUGUGUAAAACUCACAAUUGUGAUUUACGUAUGGGAGCUUUUACAUUGGGAGUCAAUCGUGUUGCAAGAGCUACUGUUCUUAGAGGUUGGGAAGCCUAAGAACCCAACCAAUCAAAAUAAAUAUGAAGCUCCACUUUAAUAAAACGAAUGUGGAAGGUUGAUUUUAACAUGUUUUAUGAUGUUUUCACAUGGGCCUUGAGUCCGGUAGUCUUUUUUU